GGGAAAACGCUCUCUCUUCUCUCCCGUCUUCCUCAGGGUCCUCAACCCCAGAUUUUCCGUCCUGCCAACUAGUAGAUCUCUCGCGACAAUGGCGACCGAUACAUCCACCUACAAGCUCAACCAUACCAUGCUUCGGGUCAAAGACCCCAAGAGAUCGGUUGAGUUCUACAAGUUCCUUGGCCUGAACCAAGUCCAACAGCUCGACUUCCCGGACAACAAGUUCUCCCUCUACUUUCUCGCCUACAACGGGCCCCAGUCCCUCCAGGGCGACCGUCACUGGACAGACCGCAACGCCGUUCUCGAACUCACCCACAACUACGGCACCGAGAACGACCCCAACUACAGCAUCACCAACGGAAACACCGAGCCGCACCGGGGCUACGGCCACAUCGCCAUCUCCGUUGACAACAUCGAGGCAGCCUGCCAGCGGCUCGAGGAUGCCGGGUACGCGUUUCAGAAGAAGCUUACCGAGGGUCGCAUGAGGCACAUUGCUUUUGUUAAAGAUCCCGAUGGCUACUGGGUUGAGAUCAUCAAGCGCAGAGACGAGGCUAUGAGUACGUCUACGGAUCCGGCGACCUACAGGCUGAACCAUACCAUGCUCCGCGUAAAGGACGCCGAGGCCAGUCUCAAGUAUUACCAGGAAGUCUUGGGUAUGACGCUUGUAAGGACGAUCGAGAAUAAGGAGGCUGCGUUCAACCUCUACUUCUUGGGAUACCCGGCGUCGAACCCGCAGGCGACUGAGGGCGCCAAUAAUCCGGUUGCCGAGUGGGAGGGGCUGCUUGAGUUGACGUGGAACUAUGGCACUGAGAAGCAGGAGGGCAAGGUCUACCACAACGGGAACGACGAGCCGCAGGGAUUCGGCCAUAUAUGUGUCUCCGUGGACGAUUUGAACGCGGCCUGCGAGCGGUUCGAGUCUUUGAAAGUGAACUGGAAGAAGCGUCUGACGGAUGGCCGAAUGAAGAACGUCGCGUUCCUUCUCGACCCAGACGGAUACUGGAUCGAGGUUAUUCAGAACGAGGCUCUUAAGCGCACCAGCAACUGGUAAUUCAGGCUAUUUGCGCAUAUAUGAUUAUAUAACUACAUAACCUGUAAAGCUUGUGUAUCAUCUGGUAGCGGCUCAUGGCAACCGCGCUGUAAUCCCUUCCUAGGUGACUCGGC